CAGGUGAUAAGACUGACUGAUCCGUCUAGUCAGGCGAGCCUUGCUGCUGCACGCAGGAGUUUCAGGUUUAGUCGCGUUAAACGGGCUUCCUUUCGCACGAAAGCUUCCUUUCGUCAAGUUCGGGAAGAUGCGCAAAGUUUGGAAAGACUUUCCUCGGAUGUCUCCGUCUGAUGAGCUCAGAGUAGUUUGUGAUCGUGUAGCUGCUCCCGGUUUGUCAGAUCAAAACGAGCUUGGAUGUUGAUAGAAAAUAAAAGGUCUUAACUCAGUGGAUUUUUUUUUACCCCUCCUCCGCUGCCUGAGUUUACAGUAGAGACGCGCGCGUUAAAAGUUGCUCAGAGCGGACUGUUGGCGCGGUUAAACAGAUGGGAUAGCGGAGGUUUUGUUUGUUUGUUUUUUUUGCAGCUUGUGCACCUGAAUCUUCAUUAAGUGCAUGGAAGAUUUUCCUGACCCAUAAGCCAACUGAAUGAUAUCCCUCCCUUUUUUACCCUCUUGUGGAUAUGGAGUGAUAGGAAUCUAACUUUCUGGGGAAUCUUGGCGCUCGAAAAGCUGUCAGUGGAUUGAAGAAUGGCUCGGUUUGGAGACGAGUCGGUUCCCACCGCGGUGGACUCCGGGGAUGGGGACUUGGAGCGAGGCGGUGGCGACGGGCAGGACCCGGCGGCGGCGGGACUGACUGCUUCCAUGAAACAAGCCAAGGCGCAGCGGGCCCGGACCAUGGCUCUGUACAACCCCGUCCCCCACCGGCAGAACUGCCUCACAGUCAACAGGUCUCUCUUCAUUUUUGCAGAGGACAACAUAAUUAGGAAAUACGCGAGGCGAAUCAUUGAAUGGCCACCAUUUGAGUACAUGAUCCUGGCCACCAUCACCGCUAACUGUGUUGUCCUGGCCUUGGAGCAGCACCUCCCCGGAGAGGAUAAGACCCCCAUGGCAAAGAGACUGGAGAAGACUGAGCCAUACUUUAUUGGGAUAUUCUGCUUCGAGGCUGGGAUCAAGCUGGUGGCACUUGGUUUUGUUUUCCAUAAAGGCUCCUAUCUAAGGAAUGGCUGGAACAUCAUGGACUUCAUAGUCGUGCUCAGUGGGAUCCUGGCCACUGCCGGUGCCCACAUGAACAUCCCGGUCGACCUUCGGACCCUGAGGGCUGUUCGGGUGCUGAGACCUCUCAAACUCGUCUCCGGCAUUCCCAGCCUCCAGAUUGUGCUGAAGUCCAUCAUGAAGGCCAUGAUCCCCCUGCUCCAGAUCGGUCUCCUCUUGUUCUUUGCCAUCCUCAUGUUCGCCAUCAUCGGUCUGGAGUUCUACAGCGGGAAGCUUCACCACACCUGCCUGCCAUCAGACGACAUUCUUGACAAUGAGACUGUCGACUCGUCAGAGCUGGCAUUUGCGUGCGGUGUGAGGAAGUGUCCAGAGAAGUACGACUGCAACGAUACCUGGAUCGGGCCCAAUGACGGCAUCACACAGUUCGACAACAUCCUGUUUGCUGUUCUCACCGUCUUCCAGUGCAUCACCAUGGAGGGAUGGACGGCUGUCCUCUAUAACACCAACGAUGCCUUGGGUAUAACGUGGAACUGGAUGUACUUCAUUCCUCUCAUCAUUAUUGGCUCGUUCUUUGUUUUGAAUCUAGUUCUGGGAGUCCUGUCUGGCGAAUUUGCGAAGGAGAGAGAGAGGGUGGAGAACCGGAGGGCCUUUAUGAAACUGCGUCGCCAGCAGCAGGUGGAAAGAGAACUGAAUGGCUACCGAGCCUGGAUAGACAGGGCAGAGGAGGUGAUGCUUGCAGAGGAGAAUAAAAGUUCAGGGAGAUCACCGUUAGAUGUGCUGAAGAGAUCGAGUAAGAAGACGGGCGCGCGGCGAGGAGCACCGGGGGAUGACAAGUAUACAGACACGUCUACCGCCAGCAUGUCACGAUCGAGGAUGAAUUUCCGCAGCGGCCGCCGCGGCCCUGCUGCCUACUUGCGGCGUAAGGAGCGCAUGUUGCGCAUCUCGAUCCGCCGCAUGGUGAAGACAGACACUUUCUACUUGAUGGUGCUCAGUCUGGUGGCUCUCAACACCAUCUGUGUGGCCAUUGUCCACCACAACCAACCCGACUGGCUCACCGUCUUCCUCUACUAUGCAGAGUUUGUUUUCCUGGGGCUGUUUCUGGCUGAGAUGUUUUUGAAAAUGUAUGGUCUGGGUUUCCGGCUGUACUUCCACUCAUCUUUCAACUGCUUCGACUGUGGGGUUAUUGUCGGCAGCAUCUUUGAGGUGGUGUGGGGUUUCUUCAGGCCUGGCAUGUCAUUCGGCAUCAGUGUGCUCAGGGCGUUGAGACUUCUGAGGAUUUUUAAGAUCACAAAAUACUGGGCCUCUCUCAGGAACUUGGUUGUGUCCCUCAUGAGCUCCAUGAAGUCCAUUAUCAGCCUGCUUUUCCUUCUCUUCCUCUUCACUGUGGUGUUUGCUCUGCUGGGGAUGCAGCUGUUUGGAGGGAGGUUCAUCUUUGAAGAUUACACUCCCACCAACUUUGACACGUUUCCAGCUGCCAUCAUGACAGUGUUUCAGAUUUUGACCGGCGAGGACUGGAACGAGGUGAUGUAUAAUGGGAUCCGCUCGCAGGGAGGCGUUCAGUACGGCAUGUGGUCAUCGAUCUACUUCAUAGUGCUCACAUUGUUUGGAAAUUACACGCUGCUGAAUGUCUUCUUGGCCAUUGCCGUGGAUAAUCUGGCCAACGCACAGGAAUUGACAAAGGAUGAAGAGGAGGAAGAAGAGUUCUUCAACCAGAGAUACGCCAGAGGAAGAGACGGCCUGAUAGCUGAUGGCAGAAGAAGACCCUACCUGUAUCGGAAACGUGCGAUCCACAGGGGGCGGCCUACCUUUCCAGAUGAACCGGAUGGUGCACUGGCUGCUGCAGACGAGCAGCCCCUAAAUGGCUCCAACGCCUUUGCCAACCGCCGCGAGAGGAGGAGAAAGGUUAACAUGUCGGUGUGGGAGCAGAGAGCCAACCAGCUGCGCAAACGGCGCCAAAUGGCGAGCAGAGAGGAGCUGUUUGCCAGCCCUACAGAAGACACAAUCGAAACUCCUACCAUUCCCCACCACCCGUCCAACGUUUCCCCAGAGGCCAGCCCAGCUCACCUACCUGAGUCACCCAUGUCGGUGGGGAUGCCCCUUCCCGAACCUCCAAUGUCCAUCUCUAUUCCCAUGCCGGAGCCUCCAGCAGCUGAACCUCUGGUAAACCUCAGCGAGGAGAAGACGGGAGGACCAAACCACCGGGCGGCAGGUGGUGGCAGACACAGGAUGGCCCGAAAGUUCAGGUCCAGUCAGGCGCCGGAAGAUGGAGCCCGUCAUAGACGCCACCGCCAUCGCGAGGCUCGCAUUGAGGCGAAGAGUCUGGACUGUACGCAAACGCCACACGAGGUGCUACAUAUCAGAAGGUCGCUCAGCCAGGAGAGAAAAGUACUGGACGAAAGAGAAGAAAGGGAAGAAAGGGAGGACAAAGAGAGAGGAGAGGAAGAAGGAAGCUCAGUCCACGAUGACGGGACAUGCAUCAUCAAUCCCUAUGCAGAAGUUGGAGAAGAUUGUAUAAGAGCUGCUGAAUGCAGUGCAGAUAUUCCCGAUCCUCCUCAAUGUGAACAGAUAGUGGACAGCACCUGGUCAGAGCAGGUUGAGGGUGGUCACUCAGAUCAGUAUGAGCCACUGUGCCAAAACAUCCCAGUGGAGACUGCUUUAGAGGCCACAGAGUUCACUGUGAGUGCUAUAGAGUCAGAAAACCGUAAGGCAUCCAUCAAACGGGACAAGUCUAACCUGGAAGACAGCGUGACCAUCGAAAUGUCUGCACAGCCACUUCUGGAGCUCACACCCAUGACAGUGAACAAUAAAGAGUUGGAGGCAUACCAGUCUGACCAGGAUGAAAAUGAGGAGGAGACAGAGGAGGAAGAACCUCCAAUUCCUCCAAAACCUGUACCUCCAGACAGCAUGUUCAUCUUCAAGGCCUCCAACCCCAUCAGGAGGAUUUGUCAUUACGUGGUCACUCUCCGCUAUUUUGAGAUGACCAUCCUGCUUGUGAUCGUGGCGAGCAGCAUUGCGCUGGCUGCCGAGGACCCUGUGUGCACUAAUUCAGACAGGAACAAGGUCCUCCGAUAUUUUGAUUACGUCUUCACUGGAGUGUUCACCUUUGAAAUGAUCAUCAAGAUGAUAGACCAGGGUCUCAUUCUGCACGAUGGCUCUUAUUUCCGAGACAUGUGGAACAUGCUGGACUUCAUUGUAGUGGUGGGAGCUCUGAUUGCUUUUGCUCUAACAAACAACAAAGGACGAGACAUCAAGACGAUAAAGUCCCUCCGAGUUUUGAGAGUUCUGCGGCCCCUUAAAACCAUCAAGAGACUUCCUAAACUCAAGGCUGUUUUUGACUGUGUGGUCACAUCUCUGAAGAACGUUUUCAACAUCCUCAUUGUGUACCAGCUCUUCAUGUUCAUCUUUGCUGUCAUAGCAGUGCAGCUUUUUAAGGGGAGGUUCUUCUAUUGCACUGACAGCUCCAUGAAUACAGAGAAGGAAUGCCAAGGCUACUACAUUGACUACAGCAGAGACAAAAAGGAGGUGAAGAGGAGAGAGUGGAAGAGACACGAGUUUCACUAUGACAACGUCUGCUGGGCUCUGCUCACUCUGUUCACUGUUUCAACUGGAGAGGGGUGGCCUCAGGUCCUCCAGCACUCUACAGAUGUUACAGAGGAGAACAUGGGGCCCAGUCGGGGGAACCGGAUGGAGAUGUCAGUUUUCUAUGUGGUCUAUUUUGUGGUCUUCCCGUUCUUCUUCGUCAACAUUUUUGUGGCUCUUAUCAUCAUCACUUUCCAAGAGCAGGGUGACAAGAUGAUUCAGGAGUGCAGUCUGGAGAAGAAUGAGAGGGCUUGCAUUGACUUUGCCAUCAGUGCCAAGCCGAUGACCCGCUACAUGCCCCAGAACAGACAGACCUUCCAGUACAGACUGUGGCACUUUGUGGCGUCGCCCUCGUUUGAGUACACAGUGCUCGUCAUGAUCGCCCUCAACACUGUUGUUCUCAUGAUGAAGUACCACUCAGCCCCGGCAGCUUACGACACAGUCCUGAAACACCUAAACACGGCCUUCACUGUCCUCUUCUCCAUGGAGUGCAUACUGAAGAUCAUGGCGUUUGGUUUAGUGAACUACUUUCGAGAUACUUGGAAUAUUUUUGAUUUUAUUACUGUCCUUGGCAGCAUCACAGAGAUAAUUGUGGAUUUACAGUCGGUGAACACCAUCAACAUGAGUUUCCUGAAGCUUUUCCGAACUGCCAGGUUGAUCAAGCUGUUGAGGCAGGGUUACACCAUCCGUAUUCUGCUGUGGACCUUCGUACAAUCCUUUAAGGCUCUCCCUUAUGUCUGUCUUCUUAUUGCCAUGCUUUUCUUCAUAUACGCCAUAAUUGGAAUGCAGGUGUUUGGAAACAUCAAGCUGAAUGACGAGAGUCACAUCAACCAGCACAACAAUUUUAAGACAUUUUUCAGCGCACUCAUGCUCCUGUUCAGGAGUGCUACAGGGGAGUCCUGGCAGGAGAUCAUGCUGUCCUGUCUGUCAGGGCAGGAGUGUGAACCGGACCCCUCCAUCGCCCCCCUCACUAUGUCUCCAGACCACGAGGGCGGCUGUGGGACCGACUUUGCUUACUGCUACUUUGUGUCCUUCAUCUUCUUCAGCUCAUUCUUGAUGCUGAACCUGUUUGUGGCUGUGAUUAUGGAUAACUUUGAGUACCUGACACGAGAUUCCUCAAUCCUGGGUCCCCAUCACCUGGAUGAGUUUGUCCGAAUCUGGGGGGAAUAUGAUCGACUGGCGUGCGGCCGCAUCCACUACACGGCCAUGUAUGAGAUGUUAACACACAUGUCACCACCCCUGGGCCUGGGUAAAAAAUGCCCUGCUAAGAUCGCCUAUAAGAGGUUGGUGUUGAUGAACAUGCCCGUGGAUGAGGACAUGACCGUCCACUUCACCUCAACUCUGAUGUCACUCAUCCGCACAGCUCUGGAUAUCAAAAUAGCUCGGGGUGGUGAGGACCGUAUCGCUCUGGAUUCUGAGCUGCAAAAGGAGAUCAGUAUUAUUUGGCCUUAUCUGCCCCAGAAGACAUUGGACCUACUGGUACCUAUCAACAAAGAUACUGACAUGACGGUGGGGAAGAUCUACGCUUCGAUGAUGAUAAUGGAUUACUUCAAACAGAACAAAGCCAAGAAGCUCAGGCAGCAGCUGGAGGCUCAGAAGAGUAGCUUGAUGUUCAAGCGUCUGGAUGCUUCUGCUCUCCCCGAGGACAUUCUGUCUAACCAGCCACUGCCAAUGAUGCCGCACAGUGCUGGUUCAGCCCUGACCAGGGGAGGCUUUGUGGCUUUGAGCCCCAUUUCACCUCAGGAGCUGUUUUUGCAGCCCAUGAGCUCUGACGGUGAUGCCAGUCAACAGAAUCUGCAGGCAGAGGUUUCUAGUGGCUCCAUGAAGCGAUCAGUCUCCACUGUUGCAGAUCAACGUGUGAAUGGACUUUGGCAAGAGGAGAAAAGCCCCGAGCGAGUCUAUCGACCUCGUCACAAGAGCUAUAAGGCUGCUGUUUCUCGCUCUGAGCGUGGCGACAGGGAGCGCGGUCGCUCUAAGGAACGCUGCCACCUCCUGUCUCCAGACACAUCUCGUUGUAAUUCAGAGGAAAGAAGCUUGCAGCCCUCACGAUCCUCGAGCGUAGAGCGAGCAGAUCCCCAAGAUAAACAGGGCAACAGCUCAGACAGUCCGGUGCCAUCCACAUCUGAGUCCAGCACUCCCAGUGGCCGACGACCUCUAUCGCAAACUCCAACCCGCUCUCGCCCUCACAUCUCCUACUCCCCCCUCGUGUGUCGCACACAAGCCUCCAUAGGUGAAGAUGAGGAUGAACCGGGCAGCCCGGAGACCAUGAGGCGGAGCAAGCCCACACGGAAGACCCAAGAGGGAGUCCCAGGGGAGAGGCAAAGCGAGGCCGCCCGGCGCACAUCCCCACCUCGACGCUACCCCUCUGAGCCUUUCCUGGCUUUGCAAGAGGACGACCACAGCCCAGACCCCUCUGGUCCCAUGGAAACGUUGACCUUCGAGGCGGCCGUGGCCUGCAGCCUGGGACGCUCAAACACCAUCAGCACGGCCCGUCCACGCUCGCGGACUGGCUGGCAGGUCCCCAACGGACACUUUCGAAAGCGUCUGGCACAGACAACCUCGGUCGCUAGUUGUGACCCUCUAAGCGACACAGAGGAGGACGACAGGUGCUAGGGACAGGAGGCGCAACAUGAACGGAGGAGACAGAAUCCCAGAGAGGUGUCACAGGACGCUGUAUGACUACAUCCAGAGCGAAGGUUAAUGCGACUCUUUCUGCAUCAGUGCUUCAAGGCCGCGAGCCCGCUGGAUGUUUGGUAAAAAAAAAAUAAAUCCAAAAUGACGAAGAACAAUACUUCCUGAAACUGUAGUUGCCAAUUCACACAGAACACUGACAAUAAAUAAGGUCUAUUUCCUGACUUGUACUUGAUGAUAGAGAGUAAUAAUAUGUCACAAAAAAACAAAAUGGAUGGGUCAAAUUAUGUCAUUUGUGUCAAUAGGUAUUUUCAUUUUCUGGAGAUGUUGCUCAAUGAUUCAGUGUUGCUCUAAACAGUAUUUAUCUGUGGGGUGUGUGAAUAUGUAACUACAUUUUCUUAUAAAUCUAUUGUUUUGUAAAUACAUCGUGAUCAUUACACCAUCGCCAUAUAUAAAUUAGACCAGAUCGACACAGCAAGCCAUCACGAAGAGGCGAUCUGAUACUUUACCAGACAAUGUGGAUACUAAUAAGUAACACUCAAUGAUGCUGGAUUUUUUUUACAGUAUGAAUGAAUGUGCAGAGGGAAAACUGCCUGAUUUUCCCCCAUCAUUUUUUUCUUUUUGCUAUUGAACAUAAUAAGUUGUGAGAAAUGAAUACAGUUAUAGAAUAACAUAGAAAAUGAUGCUUAUUUGUUAUUUCACCAUGCAGUAUUGUAAAGCCAUGCCUCCACCGAACCUUAAUUUAAUUUGGAGAUGGUAUUUAACUUUUAUUUUUACCAAUCCAAAAACAAAAAAAAAUCCUUUAAAUGAGACUUUUUCCCAACCAUAAUAUUUAACAUUUGAUUUUGGCAACAGGAUGUUUAAUUGUUUGCCAUGAAUACAAAAUAUUUUCAUCUAGUUUUGUUCUGUUUUUUUUAAACUGUGAAUAUUAUACGAACCAUAUACGAACACUGCAGAUACACCAUGAUGCAUUUUGCUUCAAAUCUCCACAUUGCUCUAUUACUUACAAAUAAUGUACAGAGAAAUUAUGCUGUUUGUAUUAUGUAGAGAGAGAGAGACAAAAAAUAAAAACAGUGUCAGCUGAUGAGCUUUAAAAGUAAAGGAAUCCUUGGAAAAUAUUCAUUUUAAGGUUUGUGUAUUUGUUUUAUUUGCCUGAUGAAGGCCGAUUCUGUGAAACUCACUUAACCAAAAACUUGGAGUUCCUGGAAUGCAAAUACUUUGUGGAUUUUUAUGUGUAAAAUAGUUGUAUAUACAAAUAAAGGUGUUCACAAGUUGC